CUAUGUCCAGCACGUUGUCCGAUUGUCGCUCAUUAUCUGUUCAAUUGUUCAAAAAUGGCCCCCACCAAAGUCACCGUUGUUGACCUCCGCUCGGACACCAUCAGCAAGCCCACGGACCAGAUGCGGACCCGGAUGGCCUCCGCCGAGGUUGGGGAUGAUGUUUAUGGCGAGGAUCCCACAGUGAACGAACUGGAGUCGCGGACAGCAGCCAUGUUUGGCAAGGAGGCGGGCCUCUUUGUGCCCAGCGGCACCAUGGGAAAUCUACUGGCAAUUAUGGUUCAUUGCCAUCGUCGCGGCACGGAGGCCCUGGUCGGCGAUUUAUCGCACAUCUUUCUGUACGAACAAGGUGGCGCCUCGCACCUGGCCGGCGUCCAAUUAGCCACGCUGAAGAACGAGCAGGACGGUACCUUCAGCCUGGAGGAGCUGCGCCGCCGGAUCCGGCACGAUGACUGCCAUGAGCCCAUCACCUCGCUGGUGGUGGUGGAGAAUACCCACAACAUUUGCGGCGGCAAGGUGGUGCCUCUCUCCUUCCUGGACGAGCUGGCGGCUCUGGUACGCCAGCCGGGAGUGGGCACUGGUUCCGCCCGCAUUGCCCUGCACAUGGACGGAGCUCGGGUCUUCAAUGCGGCCGCCUCCUUGGGCGUGGGUGUGGAGCGUAUCUGUCGCGAUUUCGAUUCCGUGUCCAUUUGCCUCAGCAAGGGCUUAUCGGCCCCAGUGGGCUCGGUGCUAGUGGGCGGCAAGGACUUUAUUGCAGAAGCCCGACGACUGCGUAAGGCCUUGGGCGGCGGCAUGCGGCAGGUGGGCAUUCUGGCUGCCGCCGGAUUGGUGGCUCUGGAGGAGGUGGUGCCGCUGCUGGGCAAGGAUCACGAGAGGACCAAGAAAAUUGCCAAAGCUAUUUAUGCCCUGCAGAGUCCCAACAUCACUGUGGAUUUGGACACGGUGCAGAGUAACAUUCUUCUGGUGGAGAUCACUCAGCCCAAGCUGAAGGCCAGUGAGUUCUCCACUCGCUUGGGUACCGUGGAACCCGAAGAGCUAGAGGCUGGUCUAACAGACGCCAGUGGAGCUGGAAUUGUGGUGAAGGCCAGUGCCCGGGACUGGGCCUUUGCCCGUCUGGUGCUCUACCACCAGGUGGAUGACCAGCAGGUGGAGCUGGCCAUCCGGAAGCUGGAGUAUGUCAUUGGGCAGUAUGACAAACGCUGGCCGAAGGCAUAGGCAUGGAAUUGGAAUCGUUUGAAUAUGACUGCAGAGACAAACACAAUUAGAUUUCGCUUUUUGUCGCAUUUAAUUAAAGAUAUAUAUAUAUAAUAUAUAGAGGGAGCAAAGGAA